AUGACUAUUCGAAAGACGUUACUGAAAUCCAUUAACGACAACACAAGGUCUCAAGUCAGCUACAAGGCAGCCAUACCACAACCAGAGCCACAAUGCAGGCACGGCAUCAAGCUAUCCCAGAUCCUCUUCGCUUUGUUCGUCUUCCUCGGUCUUGCCCUUGCCGCAGGAAAGGGAACGCAGGGCGGCAGAAGAAUCAAAGAUUAUAUCCCGGAGUACUAUGAUGAGGAGGAGGACGACGGAGCCGCGGAAUUCCAGCCGUUUUCUGUAGACUCCAUGACAACCGCAACCUGUGAUUCUUGCACGUCCGUCCCAACCUGCCAAGCUUGCAGCACCUACUACCAAUACUCGGAAGCCGUCCGUCCCGAGGUGACUGUAACUAAUACGAUGAGCUACGUCGAAUGUGCUGGUACACAGUCCUCAACUGUCAUCAGCUGCUCAACGCCACCCUCGAAACCAGAUCAAUAA